AUGUCUUUUGGCUUGAAGAAUGUCGGGGACACGUAUAAAAAACAAGUAGAUAGGGUAUUUUGGGAUCAAAAGGGGAGCAACAACGAAGUCUACGUCAAUGACUCCAUUGUAAAAAGAAGAUCUAAAAACUAUCAUGUAGCCGACCUAAGAGAAACAUUCGCGACUCUACGCCGGUAUCAAAUGAAACUGAACCCUAAGAAGUGUCUAUUUGAAGUAAAGUCGGGAAAGUUCUCAAGUUUCCUAGUGAGCAAGAGAGGCAUCGACGCCAACCUAGACAAAAUAAAAGCCAUACUCAACUUACCACAACCAAAGAGCAUCAAAGAUGUGCAGAGGCUGACUGGGAGAAUGGCAGCCCUCACUAGAUUUGUCAGUAAGUCAGCAGAUAAAUUAAUCCCUUUCUUCAAUACUCUAAAGAAGAAUGAAAAAUUAAAAUGGGGAGAAGAGGAUAAAAAAGCGUUCGAAGCAGUAAAAAAAUCAUCUAAGGUCAUUACCGACGAUAUCAAGGCCGAAAGAAGGCGUCAAUCUGCAAUUGUACGCAUCCGCGUCACCACAAACAAUCGCAGCCGUCCUCAUAGUUGA